UAGAUAUUGCUACACCUACUUCACCCAUAACUCCUUCAUCAACAGCUCUUGAAACCUUGCACUGCACCAUGUCCAUAGCGAGCGCUAUAGACUCUGAAAGGAGUCACAAGAAGUUGUUCCACUACAGAAAUGAUUCAGGCGAGCUUGAUGUGUUUGAAGCUGCAAGGUACUUCUCAGGAUACAAUGAAGCUGUUGGCUAUAAUGGCUCUGGUUUUACUCAGAAGAUCAUGAGAGAAGAUAGGCAUGGACACAGAGGCAGAAUCAGCUUAGACAUGCCCAUGAGAAGCUUACUUCCUCAACACUUUCAUGGGUUGGAGAAGCAUGGGAAGGAGAAGAAACACAAGCAGCCUAGCUCUCCAGGUGGUAGGCUUGCCAGCUUCUUGAAUUCUCUCUUCAGUCAAUCUGCAUCAAAGAAGAAGAAAUCGAAAUCAAGCAAGCAAUCUAUGAAGGAUGAGGAUGAGAGUCCAGGUGGGAGGAGAUGGAGGAGGAGCAGCAUUAGCCAUUUCAGAAGCUCCAGUACUGCAGAUUCAAAGUCCCUAUAUUCUUCAUUCAGUUCAGGGUUUAGAACACCUCCUUAUGUUCAAACCCCAACAAAAAGCUGUAAGGAAUUCCGAACCUUCUUAGACCAGAAGCAGCAACCAGUGCCAGUGUCAAAAUACAAUAAUGGGCAUGUAAAGUCAACUUCCUUACAGAAUGUGUCAUUGUGGGAUGAUAAGAAAAAGAAAGAUCAUCAGCCAACUGUUUUGGAUGACAAUUGCAAAACAAGAAAUGUUCUAUCUGAGAAAGAUAGGAUAUGGGUGGAGAAACACUGUCCAGAGGAAAAGGAAUUCAAGAAGUUCAAUGAAGUGGAUGAUGGUGCAGAAAGUGAUUCAAGCUCUGAUCU